UCCAGUUCGGCGAUCGUUGGCUCUGCGACUGCGUGCUGCAUACGUUCCACUGCUUUCAGCUGGUGCUUGUGGUGCAGUGCAACCGUUGAAUGAAGAUAGAAGCGGCCAAAGCGCCUCAACAACUCGAGUCAAAGAAAAAAGAAAAAGAAAAAGAAAAAAAAAGCGCUUCAAAAAAAGACCUCGUGCGCUUUCAAAAAAAAAAAAAAAAAAAAAAAAGGGCAAAAACGAGUUUUUUUUUGUUUGAUUUUUUCUUGUUGGUUGUGCUCUGCUUCCGUUGUUGAUUGUGCUGAACAGCUGCAGAGCAGGCGACAGAUCGUGACAACCAGUCCUAUGGGCUCUAACUUGCACCCUUUUGGUCGACGUGGACAGCAGCCGUUGCUUCCUGCCUUCUGAUCGCCAACACCAUGGUGCACACUGCCCCUCCCUCAAACACCACUUACGACGCCAAGGCUGCGGCUGCCAUCCACCGCGCUGCGGCUGUGCGCAACUAUAACGUCCAGCCUCGCAUGGUCUACAAGACCGUGUCUGGUGUGAACGGCCCGCUUGUCAUUCUCGACAAUGUCAAGUUCCCCAAGUUCGCCGAGAUUGUCAACCUGACCCUUGCUGACGGCACCCAGCGCGCCGGCCAGGUUCUUGAGGUUGCUGGAAACCGCGCCAUCGUCCAGGUUUUCGAGGGCACCUCGGGCAUUGAUGCCAAGAACACCACCUGCGAGUUCACUGGUGAUGUCCUCAAGAUCCCCGUCUCGGAGGACAUGCUUGGUCGCGUCUUCAACGGCUCCGGCAAGGCCAUCGACAAGGGCCCCGCUGUGCUUGCCGAGGACUACCUCGACAUUCAAGGUCAGCCCAUCAACCCUUGGUCGCGCAUCUACCCCGAGGAAAUGAUCCAGACUGGUAUUUCUGCCAUCGACACGAUGAACUCGAUCGCCCGUGGCCAAAAGAUCCCCAUCUUCUCGGCUGCCGGUCUUCCCCACAACGACAUUGCCGCCCAAAUCUGCCGCCAAGCAGGCCUUGUCAAGGCUGAUGUCAAAAAGGGCGUCGUCGACGACCACGAGGACAACUUUGCCAUUGUCUUCGCCGCCAUGGGUGUCAACAUGGAGACUGCCCGCUUCUUCAAGCAAGAUUUCGAGGAGAACGGCUCGAUGGAGCGAACGACCCUCUUCCUCAACCUCGCCAACGACCCCACCAUCGAGCGCAUCAUCACCCCGCGUCUCGCUCUUACCACCGCCGAGUACUAUGCCUACCAAUGCGAGAAGCACGUGCUCGUCAUUCUGACAGACAUGUCCUCGUACGCUGAGGCUCUUCGUGAGGUCUCGGCCGCUCGUGAGGAAGUCCCCGGUCGCCGUGGUUUCCCCGGUUACAUGUACACUGAUUUGGCCACCAUCUACGAGCGUGCCGGUCGUGUCCAGGGCCGCAACGGCUCCAUCACCCAAAUCCCCAUUCUUACCAUGCCCAACGACGAUAUUACCCACCCCAUUCCCGAUCUUACGGGCUACAUUACCGAGGGCCAGAUUUACGUUGAUCGUCAGCUGCACAACCGUCAGAUCUACCCGCCGAUCAACGUCUUGCCAUCGCUUUCGCGUCUGAUGAAGUCCGCUAUCGGUGAAGGCAUGACCCGCCACGACCACUCGGACGUGUCCAACCAGCUGUACAUGAACUAUGCCAUUGGCAAGGACGCCCAGGCCAUGAAGGCUGUCGUCGGUGAGGAAGCCUUGACCUCGGAAGAUUUGCUCUACCUCGAGUUCCUCGAAAAGUUCGAGAAGGGCUUCAUUGCUCAGGGCCCUUACGACGGCCGCACCAUUUUCGACUCGCUCGAGAUUGGAUGGAAUCUGCUCCGUAUCUUCCCCAAGGAGUUGCUCAAGCGCAUCCCCGAGAAGGUCAUCAACGAGUUCUAUGCCCGCGAUUCCCGCGUCAACGCUCGUUAAAACAACACGUCCCAUUCUAUUUUUUUUUUUUGUUUCCCCCUUUCCUUUUUUUUUUUUCUUCUGUCAGCUUUUGUUGUUUUUCGACCCUUCCACCCCUUUUUGUUGCUUCUUGUUUGACUUUCUCUUGUUAUGCUUUUGGAAGGAUGCGAUUUUUCUCUGAUGCCUGUGUUUUGUGUUUUGUUUGUUUUAUGUUUGAUUUGUUUUUCUGCUCCGGGCCAGCUGAAGCGUGUCUUCCAAAGUACCAAAAAAAC